GAGGCAGUGGAGCCGGCCGGGCUGGAACCCGCCGGGCUGGGGACAGGGACAGAGGGGAUAGAACCGGCGGGCAUGGGGACGGAGGGGAUAGAACAGGCGGGGAUGGGGACAGAGGCAGUGGAGCCUGCCGGGCUGGAACCGGCCGGGCUGGGGACAGGGACAGAGGGGAUAGAACCGGCGGGGAUGGGGGAGAACGGAAUAGAGCCGGCCGGGCUGGAACCGGCCUGGUUGGGGAUAGCGGAAAUGGAGCCGGCCGGGCUGGAACCGGCGGAGAUGGAGGCGGAGGAGCCCCCGGGGUCCCCGGCCCUGCCCGCUGAGGCCCCGCAGGACGGCCCGCCUGCCGCGGCGCUCUCGGGGGAAGGGGCGCUGCCCGGCGCUCCCGGCCGGGAGCGGGAACGGGAACGGGAGCGGGGCCGGCGCGGGGCCGGAGCGCAGGGCUCGGCCGGGCGAGCGGCGCGGGGCAGGGCCCGGCGGGCCCCGGGCCGCCGCAGCGGGGCCGAGAGCGUCCGGCAGGCCGGGGUCACGGUGGACAGCUCCAAGGCCAAGACCUCGCUGGAGGCCCUGAAAAUCAGCCUGCGGCAGCUCCGCUGGAAGGAGUUUCCGUUUGGCCGCCGCUUGCCGUGUGACAUCUACUGGCACGGGGUGUCAUUCCAUGAUAGCAACAUCUUCUCAGGGCAAGUCAACAAGUUUCCAGGCAUGACGGAGACGGUUCGGAAAAUCACCCUGAGCCGGGCCAUGAGAACAAUGCAAGAUCUGUUUCCUCUGGAAUACAACUUCUACCCUCGAUCCUGGAUUCUGCCAGAAGAACUGCCUCUCUUUGUGGCUGAGGUUCGUAUGAUGAAAGACAGCAAUCCAUCCUGGAAGCCCACUUUUAUUGUAAAGCCUGAUGGAGGCUGCCAGGGGGAUGGAAUCUACCUCAUCAAAGACCCAAGUGACAUCAGGCUGACGGGGAGCAUCCAGAGCCGGCCAGCUGUGGUGCAGGAAUACAUCUGCAAACCGCUGCUCGUGGACAAACUGAAAUUUGAUAUUCGUCUCUAUGUCCUGCUGAAAUCCUUAGAACCCUUAGAGAUUUAUAUAGCCAAAGAUGGACUUUCUAGAUUUUGUACAGAGCCCUAUCAAGAACCUACUCUCAAAAAUUUGCAGCAGGUUUUUAUGCACUUAACCAACUAUUCACUAAAUAUCCACAGUGGGAAUUUCAUCCAUUCUGACAGUGCAAACACUGGCAGCAAGAGGACUUUUUCAAGCAUUCUGUGCAGACUGUCUUCCAGAGGAGCUGAUGUCAAAAAGCUCUGGUCAGAUAUAAUUUCAUUGGUGAUUAAAACAAUUAUUGCACUGACACCAGAACUGAAAGUUUACUAUCAGUCUGACAUACCAGCAGGAAAGCCUGGGCCAACUUGCUUCCAGAUUUUAGGGUUUGACAUUCUCCUGAUGAAAGACUUGAAGCCCAUGUUACUGGAAGUAAAUGCAAACCCCAGCAUGAGAAUAGAACAUGAGCAAGAGCUUUCUCCUGGAGUGUUUGAAAAUGUCCCAAGCCCUGUUGAUGAAAAAGUGAAAGUUGCUGUCAUCAGAGACACUCUGCGACUGAUGGACCCUCAGAAAAAGAAGAGGAAAGAUACUCAGUGCCAGAGCUCGGAGCAGGCGCCGGGAGCGAGCGAGGAGCCGCCAGACGCUGCCCCGGGCCCGGAGGCUGCUCUGCCCUCGCUGUUCCUCAAGCAGGUGUUCCCCAAGUACGCCAGGCACUUCAGCUACCUGCGCCUCGUGGACAGGGUGGCCGCCCUGUUCAUCCGCUUCCUCGGGGUCAAAGGGACCACCAAGCUGGGGCCAACGGGAUUCCGCACCUUUAUAAGAAACUGCAAACUGAGUAACAGCAAUUUUUCAAUGGCUGCUGUAGAUAUCCUAUAUAUUGAUAUCACAAGGAGGUGGAACAGCAUGGGCAUUGACCACAAGGACUCAAGUAACCCAGGAAUGUGUCUGCAAGCCUUCGUGGAAGCUUUCUUCUGCCUGGCCCAGAAGAAGUACAAGGCGCUGCCGCUGCACAAGCAGGUGCUGUCGCUGAUCGAGCUCUGCGAGUGUCGCCUGGCUGCCCUGCACGGGAAGCGCCUGGUCUGGGGCUGCGGCCUCGCCGAGCCCCGCGGGGCCCUGCCAGCCGCGGGGACCGCGCCCGGCCCCGCCUGCACCGGCCCUCCCCAGCCCCACGGCCACCAGGUGCUCAGAUUACAGAAAUCAUCGCAGCUAAGGGCGCUGAUGUGCCGGGACAGAACUGGGAGUUAGUCCCCAGCCAGGUACGUGUACUGCUAGAGGAAAGACUGGCGCUAGAAUCCUUUCAUUUCAGUGACAACGACUUAUUUCAGCUGUAUUUUUUAUUUAUGCUUUUCAAAAAGUCUACUGCAACCUCCCGUUUUCAAAUAAUGACUCUGGCGGUGGCUGUUUCUUCACCUCUCUGUGGGAUUUACCGUGCACAUCCCGUGACAAACUGUGCAUUCAUCCUGAGUGUGUGGAAAAGAAGGAGCAAACCACAGGGGAUGAUAACCAGCGUCAUGGGAUUGGCUGCACUGACUGAGGCACACUCGUGUCAAAGGAAUUACAUCGCUUUGUGUGCACAGGACAUGUCACAGCAAGCAAGGAAGGAACUGCAGUCACAAAUACCAGACUGGAGAUCUGAAAUCUGAAAUUAUACUUGUGCUCAGGCUUCAGGCCUUGACUCUCUUUUUUCCAUGGCUUGGACUGUAGGUGUUGGAAUCAAUACAGAUUUGGUCAGUGUCUAUGUACUUAUUUUUUAAAGUCAGGCUUAAAGCACUGAAAUAAUAUUUUGGCUUCUA